CGAGUUACAGAAUCGCCGUACUGUGGGGGUUGUGCGUUAAUAGUUCGCAUGGAUUCGCGUGAAUUUAUAGUUGCGUUUUCGACGAAACGAAUGAGAGAUAAUGACUCGGAAAGUUCAUCAAGUUCUGAUGACAUGUGGGAUGCUGCUUUGAGUGUGAGAGGAAAGCGACAAAUACGUCCACGCAUUAUAGGUUAUAAUAAUGCGGUCGCUUGUUACACAGAUCACGAGUUUAAAAGUCAUUUCAGAAUGUCAAGAGCUACGUUUAAAUACCUCCAUGGAAUGAUGCAAAAAGAUUUACUAAGACAGGUAAAGGGUUGUCCUUGUAUUCCUUCUCAAACACAGCUAAUGAUAGCUCUUUGGAAGAUGGCCACUGCGGAUUCAUAUAGAUCCAUUUGUGACCGAUUUAAUGUUGGUCGGGCAACUGCUGUCAGAGCUGUACGAAGAGUCACUCGUGCAUUAUUCAAACGAGCUCCUCUGUUUAUAAAAUGGCCCACUGGAGAUAAUGCUGCCGCAGUUAUGCGAGGAUUUGAAGAAAGUAGUAGUUUUCCCAAAGUUAUCGGUGCUAUUGAUGGAACCCACAUUCGUAUAAACGCUCCAAAAGAAGACCAGAGGGAUUAUGUAAACAGAAAAGGAUAUCAUUCCAUUCAUUUGCAGUUGGUUUGCGACCACAGAUGUUUGAUAACACAUUGUUACGCUGGACAUCCUGGAUCGAUCCAUAAUCAAAGAGUAUUCCGCUUAUCGGAAGUAUCUAAAUUUUUGAAUGAUGACCAAAAGUUUCCAUCCGACAGCCAUCUUGUGGGUGAUGCCACAUACGAACUGCAGCAACAUUUGAUGACACCUUUUCGGGACAAUGGGUUCCUAACUCGGGGACAGGAAAAUUACAACUAUCGACAUUCCGCAGCCAGGAUAGCCGUGGAAAAAUGUAUUGGCCUACUAAAAGGACGUAUGAGAAGCUUAUUGCAUUGCUUGCCAAUGACAAGAGUAGAUUUGAUGGCUGAGUAUAUUGUGGCUUGUUGUGUUAUUCAUAACAUUUGUAAAGUAAGAAAUGACGAGAUAAGCGUAAUUGUGUUACCUCGAAAUGUCAACGAAAAUCAAGAAAAUUAUGAUGAUCGUCAAGUAGCGAAUCAGAACGCUCCGAUUCAAAAAAGAAUUAGGAUUAUGGAAAAUCUUCCAUAG